AUGGAACAACCGAAAGAAGAAGAAGCAGUUACAGCGACGGCGAUGAAUCAAGCCGAAAAUGACGAGCACGAUUCCAAGGAGAAAGUUCUCAAAAAGUACUUCCUUCAAGAAUGGAACCUCGUCAAAGCAUUCAUCGACGACACCGUUUCCAAUGGCCGCGUAUCCGAUCUUGCAUCCGCUCACGAUAUCAGAUCCAUUAUGGAUAAGUAUCAAGAGCAAGGUCAACUUCUAGAGCCUUACCUAGAAAGCAUAGUUCCGCCAUUGAUGAACAUUAUUCGAUCACGAACAAUCGAACUCGGAGUAGUUUCCGACGAAAUUCUGGAAAUAGUGAAUCCAAUAUGCAUAGCUGUGCAUUCAUUAAUUCAUGUUUGUGGAUACAAAUCAGUGAUUAGAUUCUUUCCACAUCAAGUUUCUGAUCUGGAACUUGCGGUGUCUCUACUUGAAAAGUGUCAUCCGAGGAAAUCAGUUUCAUCGUCGAGAGUGGAAAGCACGGGAGAAAAUGAAGCGAAAUGCGUGAUGUUGUUGUGGCUUUAUAUACUUGUGCUGGUUCCUUUUGAUAUAUCUAGUGUUGAUACUAGCAUUGUGAGUAGUGAUAAUCUAAGUGAGUUUGAGAUUGUACCUCUUGUGUUGAGGAUAAUAGGGUUCUGUAAGGAUUAUCUCUCAACUGGCGGGCCUACGAGUUCUAUGGCUGGACUAGUGCUCUCGAGGCUACUUACUCGUCCAGAUAUGCCAAAAGCCUUUACUAGCUUCGUCGAGUGGACACAUGAGGUCAUGACUUCUGUAACUGCAGAUGUACUCCAGCAUUUUGAAGUACUCGGUACCAUUGAAGCACUGGCUGCUAUUUUCAAGGCAGGCAGUCGGAAUCUCUUGCUUGAUGUAAUUCCUGUCGUUUGGAAUGACACAUCAUUGUUGUACAAGUCCUCAAUUGCGGCUAAAAAUCCAUUGCUCCGCAAGUAUCUGAUAAAGUUAACCCAAAGGAUUGGGCUUGCUUCCCUUCCUCAUCGUUUACCCUCAUGGCGUUAUACGGGAAGAACCGCCAAACUAAAUAUUUCUUUGAAUGCAUCCAGUAAAGCUAAUCAGUCCAAUUUGGGUGUGAACGACAAUUACUCCAACUCAAUUGAACUUACAGAUGAGGCAAAAAUUGGAAUUAUGGGAAGAAAAUUUGAGUGCUUCUGUCAGUCUUCAGGUCUUGGAAGUGACUGA